CGGCUCUGCAAUGUCGAGGGAGGGGGCUCCCGUAGGACCGUAGGACUCAGGGGACCGGCCCGUGCCCUGCGCCCGCCCCGAGUCCGUCCAGCCCCCCGACGGGGUGCCCCAGCCCAAGGGGCUCCACACUGGCCCCCACCGAGGCUGGGGACCUGAGCGCCUGGGAGCUCGGCUGGAUGGUACAGACUUGCAAAAUGGAAGGGUUUCCCCUCGUCCCCCCUCAGUCGGAAGACCUGGUGCCCUACGAGACGGACCUGUACCAGCGGCAGUCGCACGAGUAUUACCAGUACCUCAGCAGCGAUGGGGAGAGCCACAGCGACCCCUAUCCCGGGCUGACCCCGCCGCCCCCCGCAGACCAUUACUGGGAUUUCCACCCGCACCACGUGCACAGCGAGUUCGAGAGCUUCGCCGAGAACCACUUCACGGAGCUGCAGAGCGUGCAGGCCCCGCAGCUGCAGCAGCUGUACCGCCACAUGGAGCUGGAGCAGAUGCAUGUGCUGGACACCCCCAUGGCGGCCGCGCCCCCCAGCCUCGGCCACCAGGUCCCCUACUUACCCCGGAUGUGCCUCCCGUACCCCUCCCUGUCCCCGGCCCCGCCCAGCUCCGACGAGGAGGGGGAGCGGCAGAGCCCCCCACUGGAAGUGUCUGACGGGGAGGUGGAUGGACUGGAACCCGGACCGGGCCUCCUGCACGGAGAGACAGGCAGCAAGAAGAAGAUCCGUCUGUACCAGUUCCUGCUGGAGCUGCUCCGCAACGGCGACAUGAAGGACAGCAUCUGGUGGGUGGACAAGGACAAGGGCACCUUCCAGUUCUCGUCCAAGCACAAGGAGGCGCUGGCCCACCGCUGGGGCGUCCAGAAGGGCAACCGCAAGAAGAUGACGUACCAGAAGAUGGCCAGGGCGCUGCGCAACUACGGCAAGACGGGCGAGGUGAAGAAGGUGAAGAAGAAGCUCACCUACCAGUUCAGCGGCGAGGUGCUGGGCCGCGGGGGCCUGGCCGAGCGCCGCCACCCGCCCCACUGAGCCGGGCCCGCCCGCCCGCCCGCCCGGCCUCCCUGCUGGCAUAGCAUUAACCCCUCGCCCUGCCCGGGGGCCCAGCGCAGGACUGUGGUGGCCAGGCUGCACCCCGCCGUCCUGCUUCAGCUCCCGCCUGGACUCCAGCCCUGGGCAGCCUGGCUUGACGGGCGCGGGCUGUGCCCGGGCGCUGGCGGACGUGGAGUCCGUGUACAGUGGACCCUUCUCGUCAAGCCCCCCACCCCGCGCCCCGGCACCCACAUCAUUAAAGUUAUUCUC